AUGUUCCGCGCGCGGACGGGGGAGUGCGGAAGGGGUUCCGCGGGCGGAAGAGAUAUAUGGCGCCGCAGCGGACGCAUCUUUCCGCCAACGAGCUCCGUGCGUUGCAUUCCCCCGCCGCCCUUUCCCUCCUUCCCGGUCCUCGCCUCCGCUUCUUCCCCCUUCCCCCGUAUCCCUUGUCCCCUUCCUCCGCAUCCCCUGUCCCCUUCCCUCGCAUCCCCUCCCCCCUUCCCCCCCAUCCCCUCUCCCCUUCCCCCACAUCCCCUGCCCCCUUCCCCCGUACCCCCUUCCCCUUCCCCCACUUCGCUGUCCCCUUCCCCAGCCUCCCCUGCCCAAACCCCCCGCAUCCCCUGCCUGCCCCCUUCCCCCGCAUCCACUGCCCCCUUCCCCGCUUCCCCUGCCCCCUUCCCUCGCACCCCCUUCCCUAUUCUGGUCAAGACAGACGACUUAGGCGACCUGAUUUUGCCGUUUCAAGUACAGGCCGUUGAAUCGGCUGGAAAGGAUAUGGAAGAAGCGAGAGGAGGAGGCUGCAAGGCAGGCGGCAGAGAGGGAGGCGAAGAGGAGGGAGAUGGAGGAGGGGAGGAGGAAGAGGGAGGAGGUGGAGAGGAGGAGGAGGGAGUUGAGAGGGCAGAUGAGGAAGAGGACGAAGAGUGGGCAGGUGGUGAUGAAAGGAACAUGAUCACGAGCAACAUCGCCAGUAGCGCCGAGCCCGCCGCCGCCACCGCCGCCGCUGAUGCCGUCGGUAGCGGCGAGAAAGGCGGGAAAACCGGCGAGGAUGACGGGAAUGAUUGUGUGAUCAAGGCGCACCACGCGGGAAUGCUUCGCCCGCAUCCCGCGUUUGUCCGCCUGCACCGAGCAGCCGUGCGGAAGGCGCUGGAUGCAGCCAGGCGGAAACCGAAGGAAGAUCCGCGCGCGCUUCCCCCGCAUCGGCGGAGAGUAAGGGGCGCGGAGGACCUGAACUUGCGCUCGGCGGAGGAUCUGAACUCUUUGGUGUUCGUUCAAGUGGUGGCGGACGAUUCGUCCGACGAGAAGCGGCCGGGAGAAAGCGCAACAUCUUCUGAGUCGAAGAUUUGA